UCUUCCUGGGAGAAGGAGGCUCAGGUUCUAUACAAUAUGUUUGUGCUUCAUGAAUCCCAGAAGCUGCAUAUUCUGUAUGAAUCCCUGGAAAAGAGCAUCCCUGAGUCCUUGAAGGUAUAUGGUGCCGUUUUCAACAUUAAAAAUAAAAAUCCAUUCAACAUGGAGGUGCUGGUGGAUGCCUGGCCAGAUUAUCAGAUAGUCAUUACUCGGCCUCAGCGAGAGGAGAUGAAGGAUGACCUGGAUCAUUAUACCAACACUUACCAAAUCUUCACCAAAGCUCCUGACAAGUUAGAGGAAGUCCUGGCACAGCCCCAGCUUAUCAAUUGGGACCAAGUCUUCCAGAUCCAAGGUUGCCAAGAGAGCUUGCAAGAGGCAAUAAGAAAGAUUUCGGCUUCAAAAUCAGUGCGGGUGGAUUACGUGAAGACGAUACGCAUUAUGACAGAAAUGCCGGUGAAACCCAAUGAUGACCAGGUGGAUGUGAUGGAGUCAUUUAAAAUGCCCAAAGUGGAUGACGAUACCAAGAAAGGAAGCUUUCAGAACAUUUCCUUGGAUCCCUCCCAUGCAGGGCUUGUGAAUGAACAGUGGGCAUUUGGGAAAAAUGAUAGGAGCUUGAAAUAUAUUGAACGCUGCCUCCAGAAUUUUCCAGGAUUCGGUGUGCUGGGUCCAGAGGGGCGCCUUAUCUCUUGGAUUGUGAUGGAACAGUCCUGUGAGAUGAGAAUGGGCUACACUGUCCCCGAAUACCGAAAGCACGGCUAUAUGAAGAAAACCAGUGUUCACCUUAUGAAUUAUGUUAUUCAGAAAAAAGUGCCAUGUUAUUUUCAUGUGUCAGAACAUAAAGAAGAAUACAAUCAGGCACUGAGGGAUCUGAAGUUUAAGGCUGCUUCUUGUGGUUGGCAUCAGUGGAAAUGCAGUCCUGAGAAAUAUGUUGAUUAGUGCCAUUUUCUAUUGCAAGCCUUCCUCAUCAGUGAAAAAAAGUAUCAGUUCACAUACAAUCAUGAUAAUUUGUAUUAGCACAAAAACAUCCAAUUAUUUUGGUUCCGUGCAUUACUUAACCCACGCUUGUACAACAUUUUUGUCUUCCUCCACAUUACAGAGAACUAGAAGCUUGAACUUUCGGUGUUAGGUUUUUCCUUUAUGGUGACAGACAUUUCAGAAUUAAAAUCAUCCAAUGUCAAUCAUUAGUGCCAAGAUAACCCUUUCAGAGCAACAUUUUCCUCUUUGAAGUCUUCUUUCAUGAAAGUCUACUACUUUUUCAUGCUU